UAUUCUGACCGGCUGAGGGCUGCGGCAACUGCAGCCUGCAGAAGGCAAGGCCACACACGACGUACAGUGUACUCCUCAAAUCGUCCUCUCUGACGCCUUUUCCCCUGCAAUCCGAUCGCAUCACCUGUAGCUCCUCGUCGUCGUAUUCACCCCACACUCCCACACUGCCUGCCUGCCAUCACGCACUCACUUAAGCUUGCACAGAAGAAGAAACUGUUUGCGUUGCGUUGAGAGUGAGACCCACACACGCAUCCACCAGCUAGCUAGCUAGCUAGCUUGAGAGAGUGACCAGCUAGCAUGAUGCUCUCUGAUCUCUCGUCUGACCAAGAAGCCACCGGAUCCAACUCCCAUGGCGGAGGAGGCGACGUCGUCCUCAGCAACCAGCAUGUCCUGCUGAACCCUCUCUUCGCGCCGGCUCAGCAUCAGCAGGCCCUGCUCCUGCGUCCGGCUCCCCAGCUUGAGCAGCAGCCCAUGGCCGGCGGCAAGAGGAAGAGAAGCCAGCCCGGCAACCCAGACCCUGGGGCGGAGGUGAUCGCGCUGUCGCCGCGUGCGCUGGUGGCGACGAACCGGUUCGUGUGCGAGAUCUGCAACAAGGGGUUCCAGCGGGACCAGAACCUGCAGCUGCACCGCCGGGGCCACAACCUGCCAUGGAAGCUCAGGCAGCGCAGCAGCAGCCUCCAGGCGCCGCACAGCAAGCAGCUGGGCCUGGGCCUGGGCGGCGGCGGCGACGGGCCGCGGAAGCGCGUGUACGUGUGCCCGGAGCCCAGCUGCGUGCACCACGACCCGGCCCGGGCGCUCGGGGACCUGACGGGCAUCAAGAAGCACUUCUCCCGCAAGCACGGCGAGAAGCGGUGGAAGUGCGAGCGCUGCGGGAAGCGCUAUGCCGUGCACUCGGACUGGAAGGCACACGUCAAGAACUGCGGCACACGGGAGUACCGAUGCGACUGCGGCAUCCUCUUCUCCAGGAAGGACAGCUUGCUGACCCACAGGGCCUUCUGUGACGCCCUUGCCGAAGAGAGUGCCAGGAUUCUCGCAGCCGCAAACAACAGCAGCACCAGCAACAACAGCAACAUCAUCAAUAACAACAACAACAGCGUUGGCAGCAGCAGCAACAAUCUUCUCAGUCCACCACCAGCACUGUUCCCCACUUUCUCCAGCCAUGCUCAAAACCCUAACCCCCUCAUGUUUCUUUCCGAAGAAACACAUUACCACCACCACCACCAGCAGGAGCAGCUGCUUCCUCCAUUCCAACCCCAGUACUCAUACCUCAGUCAUGUCGACCUCCCUAUAUCCUCCGCCAUCACCAGCGGCGUAUCGGCUUUCGACACCGACCGUGACACGCUCAGCUUCGGGCUCACUCCGGAAGGUUCCGUGACCAUGCACGCCGGAGGUCGCCGUGGCCUGACCAGGGACUUCCUCGGCGCAGGGGAGGUCGUGGAGGAUCAGCUUCAGAUGCCGCUAUGCAGCGCCGCCGCAUACCAAGGACGUCCUGUGGCCACCGCCGUGUGCUGCGCCACCACCGACCUGACCAGGCAGUACCUCGGCCGGCUGCCGCCGGUGAGCGAGACUUGGAGCCACCACUUCUAAGGGAGUACACUCCAUCGACGAUCACCGACCGUAACUCAAACGUAGCCAGCCGAACCAUGCAUGCAUGCAUGUUAGUUCCUAAAUCUUAAUUUCAGUUUCACCUGGUUAGGGUAUGCUGAAUUUGAACUCGACGAGUAUGUUAUUUUUGCAUGUGUGUUCUUUCCCUGAGAGGUGGGCCCUCACCUCACUGACUCCUCACUGAGAUGUCCAUGAAGUACACAUUCUGAGAUUCAUGUGGGAUCCGUACGUUGUGAUAACUGAUAAGAAUGCACCAGCUAGCAAACUCACGAAAUUUUAUUUCAUGUCCUGUCGUAUAAACUAGAGGAAUCAAUCGAUCAACACAUAUAUUGUGUCUCAUGCAUGGAUAGUCGUCCUAGAGGCUAGAGCUAGGUAAAUGCUCUAGUACUCCCUCCGACCGGUAUUAUUUGUCUCAAA